UCCACUUGAGAGCCCACUGUGGUCCCAAUGCCUUUCCCAGCCCGUUUUCGCUCCUGCUCCAGGCUCCGCCUCCGCCGUGUCCGCGCUUGUCGCCCCGCCCCACACAGCAGCUCCGCCCCCGCUCGCUCCGCCCCCGGAGUCACUCCUCUGGCGUUGCUCCCUCAAAGCGGAAGUGAAGCCGGACUGAGGCUCCUACAGUGGUACCUCCUGGCCUUUGGUGACGAGUCGCGUCAGUUCCGACCCGGACCCGUACGCUGCUGCGCUGACGUGGCUACCGGAAGUAGGGCUGGCGUAGGGCCGCCAUGUUGCAGCAGGAUAGUAAUGAUGACACUGAAGAUGUUUCCCUGUUUGAUGCAGAAGAGGAGACGACUAAUAGACCAAGAAAAUCCAAAAUCAGACAUCCAGUAGCAUCAUUUUUCCACUUAUUCUUUCGAGUCAGUGCAAUCGUCGUCUAUCUUCUCUGUGAGUUGCUCAGCAGCAGCUUUAUUACCUGUAUGGUGACAAUUAUCUUGUUGUUGUCGUGUGACUUUUGGGCAGUGAAGAAUGUCACAGGUAGACUAAUGGUUGGCCUACGUUGGUGGAAUCACAUUGAUGAAGAUGGAAAGAGCCACUGGGUAUUUGAAUCUAGAAAGGAGUCCUCUCAAGAGAAUAAAACUGUGUCAGAGGCUGAAUCAAGAAUCUUUUGGUUGGGACUUAUUGCCUGUCCAGUGCUGUGGGUGAUAUUUGCCUUUAGUGCACUCUUCUCCUUCAGAGUAAAAUGGUUGGCGGUGGUUAUCAUGGGUGUGGUGCUACAAGGUGCCAACCUGUAUGGUUACAUCAGGUGUAAGGUGGGCAGCAGAAAGAAUUUAACCAGCAUGGCUACUUCAUAUUUUGGAAAGCAGUUCUUACGACAAAACACUGGAGAUGAUCAGACUUCCUGAAUAGAGAAAACUUAAUGUGCUUUGUUACAUUGGGGAACAACUGAAGAGAUUCUUGACUCUGAACCUUUUAGAGCUUAGUCCAUGUUGCAACGAGGAGUGUUGGCUUUGUUUUUCCACUUAAAAACUUUAUUUAUAAAAAGGAAAAGUAGUUUUCAUGUUAAGUUUUUAUUUCCUUUCCAGCAUUUGGGGCUAGAAAGUAUAUGUUGGCACUAGAAACAUUGUCAAGAUUUAUUCUGUGGUGUAGGUAUGCACAUGUUCCAUAGGUAUGCACACAGCCAUGUAAUAUCAGUAUAUCCCAAGUUAAUGAAAGUGUUCAUUUACAUAGGUAAUGGAGACCUUUGCAUUUUGAUCCAUAAAACAUGGGAGGAUGUUCUUAGUCUGUCUCAAAGCUCUGUGUGUUUACAUAUUAUUUCUGUAGAUGAUUUUCAGGAGUAAAUUUUGCUUCCAUGGUUAAGAGUGAGCACUUUGGCUUAUGUAUAAGUCAGAAAUUAUUGUUAGUUUUUAAUAUGUACUUCAUGGGGAAAUUUCUUAGACAUAUACAAGCAAGUGAAAACAGUUAGGGCCAGUGGUAUUAACUACUUUCUAAAAUCUUAUUUUUAUUUGUAAGAAGUCAUUUACUUAAGGCCCAGUUAAUAUAAGUGGAAUCAUCAUUGUUUGUUUAAGGAAUACCCAGAGAUUGCUGCUGUUCUAUUUAUUUUACAGAAAGGGUAGCUAGAUUGAAAGCUCUUCAGUGGACCUUGCGCUAAUAGAUCUUUUACCACUAAAAGAGCAUUAUUCUCAUGUCAUAAUGAGAAUAAUCAUUUACAUACUUGGCAUAAUAAAUGCCUAAAGGACAUUUUAUUUUCUGAAUCUAUUUUUUUCUUGCUAUAAUGGGGAUAUUGUAAAUUAUGCAUUUGUAUUAAUGGUAUUUCUUAAAGCAUUCUGUGUAACUGUAAACCAAUCUACAAACUAUUGUAGGCAUUUGUAAAUUCUGUUGUAGGUAUUAUAAAUUUGUUGAAGUCUUAAUCAGCAGAUUAUGUUGUGAAUAUAUUUGUACAUUGUUAAAAUAGUUUUUAAGAUUAUUUGUUUAAUUGAAUAAGUGUCUUAUUGGAGUGAUAGCUUUGAAGGUGCAAAACUUUAUAUUUGUAUAAAAUUCUACUGUUUACAAGGCAUUUGACAUGUGUAAUCUCAUUUAAUCCUCAUGACAAAUAUGUAAUACUUAGAUGAUGUAACAGAACUUCCGGUUAUUGAGUGACUUUCCUAAGGAAAACAGAUUACAGGAAUAUCUGUAGGAUAUAAAACACGAUAUAUUAGUAUUUUUAGAGAAAAUAUUUGCUCUAAAUGCCUUUUCCUUUCUUAAAAAUUAAUAAUUUGUUAAGAGCUUGUUUAUUUUACUUAUACUCAGCUGUUCUGUCUGGUGAGAAGAAUUGAUACUGCACUGAAGACAUUUUAAAAGUUAAUCUGAAAGAUCUAACCUAAAUCUUUAGGGUUGAGAGUCUAACAGAGGAUACAUUGGUAUAAUUCUUUUAGAUAACUGUGUUGUUUGAACUGUAAUCCUAAACCAAGUAACAACUGAAUUUUAGAAUAUGCAUGUGGCAGGAGCUACCAUGUAUUCCCUAAUACUCGUUUUUCCCCUUCUACAGAUUUACCACCUAAUUAGCUAGGGCAUGGCAUCCUGGAAUAAAGAUAACCUUUCCCACA